ACGAGAAACGAUGAUGAUGGUGGCUGCGAGCGAGCGGACGAACGGGCGAACGUGCGAGCGAACGAAGGCACAAGAAUCUCGUCCUCCGUGUCCGGACGCGUCGAUGCGGCGGCCGAACAAGCGCGAACGUAGCAAGCGAGCUGAGCGGGCAGAACGGGCAGAGCGGGACGCGCAGGAGGAACGAAUACGAAAUAGAUCGCGCGCGCGAGAGGGCGAUGAAGGAGGGAAAGGGGAAAGAGAGAAGGUGAGAUAGGCAAAGAGAGAGAAUGGAGAGAGCGCUCAGCGCGCACGCGAAGGGUAGAGAGGAAGGACACACCUGGCGCGUGCGCCACGAUAACGUCGAGAGUGAGUGAGUGAGUGAGUGAGUGAGAGAGAGAGAGAGAGAGAAAGAGAGAUGCCGAGGGUAGCUGCCGUGCGAGGGAUAGAGAAAGGGAUUCAAGCGAGAGAAGGGGUGUAGGGGGUGAGGACGCGCGAGGAGGGACGUAUACAGUCGCCUCGUAGGGCAGUCGUUCCUCCUUCGUCGUUCCUUCGCCGCCGUGCGCUUUUAACGAAAUUAUUCCGUGAUCGAGGGGAAAAAAAAAGACAGAAAUCGGUAGGACAGGUGGAAGAGGAGGAAAUAUACGAGAUAGCGCGGAGAGAAAAUCGGAAGAAUAAAAGACAGGGAGUAUCCGUGGGAAGCUCUCGGGCGCCGGGCCGCGAAUCGGCGAAUCUGCCGCGACGCGCACGGCGGCAUCGUCCUCCGGCGGCAUCGUCCUCGAAGAGGACACCGGCCUGCGUGGCGCGCGUUGUCGUGGCCGCGGUCGACGGCGAGAUCGGUGGAAGAAGUGGUGCGCCGGCGGAAAAGGAGGAGGAGGAGGAAAAGAAAGACGUCGUCCUUUUCGUCGUCCACGAAACGAGCCGAAUGAUGUUCAAUUGACGAAGACCGCACAGUGCUAGGAAUGGCCCCCUUCAGUUCCGUCUUCCUGGGUGUCUGGGGAGUGUUUGUUGUCAUUUUGAUAAAAGAAUCGACACCCGUUAGCUGGGAGGAAUGGUGGACAUACGACGGUAUUUCUGGUCCUGCCUUCUGGGGUCUCAUCAACCCGGAAUGGUGGCUCUGUAACAAAGGUCGAAGACAAUCACCAGUCAAUCUCGAUCCUAAUCAACUGCUUUUCGACCCGAAUUUACAACCGCUUCAUUUGGAUAAGCACAGAAUCAAUGGCGUACUAGCGAACACCGGCCAUAGUGUUGUGUUCGCUGUGGAAAACGACACCCGCCAUCCCGUCAAUAUCUCCGGUGGUCCGCUCAGUUAUCGUUAUCAAUUUCACGAGAUUCAUUUGCACUUCGGCGCGGACGAUCGCAUCGGCAGCGAGCACACCGUCGAUGGACAUGCGUUUCCUGCCGAGCUUCAGAUAUUCGGCUUCAACUCGCAGCUUUAUAACAACUUCUCGGACGCCCUGCACAGGGCGCAGGGGAUCGUGGCGGUAUCGCUUCUUUUACAGGUGGGCGACCUCUCGAACCCGGAGUUGAGAACGUUCACGCAGCAGUUGGAUAAAAUCAAAUACGGAGGGCAGGCCAUGGAAAUUAAACGUUUCGGGGUGCGCGAACUUCUGCCGGACACGAAGCAUUACAUGACGUACGACGGCUCCACCACGAUGCCGGCGUGUCACGAGACCACCACAUGGAUCAUCCUCAACAAGCCUAUAUACAUCACCAAGCAGCAGCUACACGCUCUGAGGCAAUUAAUGCAAGGGGAUGAAAAACAGCCAAACGCACCGCUUGCGAAUAACUUUAGACCACCGCAACCCCUUCAUCAUCGUCCCGUUCGGACAAACAUUGAUUUCAAUGUUCAGGGUCCGAAGAAUUGUCCGACGAUGAACAAGGACAUAUAUUACAAAGCCAAUAGCUGGAAAUAAUACCCAGCACUGCCGUGAGGUCAACAUUUGCAGUAACUACGCUUCUCCCCGGAACGAGCUGGAACUUCGCUGUAAGGAAAAAAAUUGACAUAUCAAUUACAGGCGGGUGACGCCGGGUCACAAAAAAAAUUACGGCAGAUAGAACGUGCGAAGAAGACGACCAUCGACGCCCACGUUGAGGUCGAGAUAAAAAAAAUGCUUCGUUGUACUUAUUAGACGUGAAUUGCCAAGUAUGUUUCCAGUUAAAUCAGAAGAAGAAAAACCAAAUAUACCUAUAGAUCACAAGUUAGACGAGAUAAGCUAAUCGUAAGAUCUAUUAUUAUAUAUAUAUCGGUAAACUAUCGAAAAAAAGCUAUGACUAUCGUGGCCUGCGCGAGGGGUUAAGAGAUGCAAUUAUAUGUAUAAAAAUUCACGCGCAACGGAGAGCGCUAUCGCGAGCAAAAGUUUAUACUAUAUUCUUAUAAUAAAAGCUUGAAAAAACGCAUAAAAUGAGA